UCACAGAGAGAGAGAUAGAGAGAGAGCGUAGGGGCUUCCUCUCGUGCUACGGUUCACUGGGCUGAGUCUGUGUUUCACCUUCCAGCCCUGCAUAUAAAGGCCUGAGGUGGAGGGAGACCCCUCUAUACAGAGAGUGAUUCACCCCAGCAUGAGCAGCAGCAGGGGACAGAGAGUGUGGAGUUAAAACAUGCCCAGCCUAAUCAUCACAGAGACACUGAUACAAACACAGCACUUCAAUAUGGAGCAGGACGACAGGAGGAGGAACAAGAACUUGGGAAAGAACUUUAUGUGCCGACUGCAAUGCAUGUUCUCACAUUCAUCCACCUCUGAGAGCAGGCUAAGUUUAGAAGAUACCCAACAAUGGUCUCAGUCACUGGAGAGACUCCUCGAGUCUAAAUAUGGACUGGCGACCUUCAGAACCUUUCUGAAGUCUGAAUUCAGCGAUGAGAACAUUGAGUUCUGGCUGACGUGUGAGGAGUACAAGAAAAUCAAGUCUUCAUUCAGAAUGUCAUCGAAGGCCAAAAAAAUCUAUGAGCAUUUCAUAAAGGCUGAGGCUCCUAAAGAGAUAAACAUUGACUACCACACGAGGGAGCAGAUCAAGAGGGCCGUGAAGAAUCCUACACUCCAGUGCUUUGACGAUGCCCAGAAGAUUGUCUAUGGGCUGAUGGAGAGAGACUCGUACCCUCGCUUCCUGCGCUCAGACAUUUACCGAUCCCUCCUGGAUUCCCUCGCCGCUGACGCCGUCAAGGGCUAAUAGGAGCGGAUUAGACGACAGGAAAACAUGACAACAGAAACUGGAAUGUUUGGGGUUCUACAGGAUGGAAGGCUGACCAAGCAUAGAGAGACUGACAGGCCUGUGUCCCUACAAACCAUGGUCGCCACA